AUGUUUUAUAGGAGAGCAGUACUAAGGAUCCGUUGCUUUUUGUUACAGGCACAAGGUUUGAAACGAAUUCUGACGACUUAUGAAAAGGUUCUUAAUCAACCUGAAGAUCAGUUUAUCUAUCUGAUGUGGCACCGCCAUCCGACGAAACCAUCUACGAGUAUUGUGAUUGGUAUGCUGAAAGUCGGCCAAAAACACCUCUACCUUUUUGACGCUUCCCAGCAAAGGCGAUACGAGGAAAAACCGCUAUGUAUUCUCGACUUUUACAUUCACGAUUUAGUCCAGCGUAAAGGGAAUGGACAUCAGCUUUUCGAUCACAUGCUAAGGCAGGAAUCCACGUCAGCAGCAGCGGUGGCUAUUGAUCGCCCAUCAGAUGCGUUUAUGCAGUUUUUGGCGAAGUACUACGGUUUGAAGACGCCAGUGUGGCAGUCUACGAAUUUCGUGGUGUAUCCGGAGUUUUUCGAAGGCAAAAAGCCGAUCGCAAACAAUGAGUACAGGGAUACUGGUAGUCGCAGUGAGAAGCUCAGAUCAGCAAGGAAUAAUGAUGUCGUCCUAGCAGCUAGAGCUGUGACUGCUGAUAAGGAUGCUCAUGGAGCGGGUAAGGAUUCCGUUGCUGGGUUACUUCAUGGCGAUCUGCCACCAGAAUUUCGACGUAUUGCCGCUCCGGAUACGCCAUUAGAUAGGAAGAAUAGGAGAGAUUUUGGGCAUCAAAGUAUUUGGUAG